UCUAACGUCAUUAAAUAUAGUGAUUGUCACAAAUGACAUUAACAAAAUAGCAAAAUAAUCUAUUUCUCUACCACGGUCCCUUUGGUGAAAAUGGCGCUCCUAGCAAGAAAAUGCAUCGGUUUCAUAACUCCGCGGGUGUACAGCGUCAGGAAUGUAUAUGGCACAUGCAGGAUUGGCCAUCGCGAUGUGGUGGGAUAUGGUAUAAACGGCUGUGCGAAUUAUAAAGAUGAUGCACAUUUCCCAUUCCCAGCUAUAAGAUUUAAAGAGAACACUAAAGAUAUUUGUGCUUUACGCGAGAAAGAGAAAGGUGAUUGGAAGAUGCUGUGCUGCGAAGAAAAAAAGGCACUGUACCGUGCGUCGUUCUGCCAGACAUUCGUGGAGUUUAAACAUCCCACGGGCUCAUGGAAAUUCAUCGUAGGGUGGUUCUUCAUCAUCAGCUCUUUUGGAUUCUGGAUGAUGAUGUUCUUCCAUUACUAUGUGACGGAGCCUCUCCCGAUUUCUCUAUCUAAGGAAUCUCAGAAAGCACAGCUGCGAAGGAUGCUGGAGGCGAGAGUCAACCCCAUAGACGGCCUCUCAUCCAAAUGGGAUUACGACAAUGACCGGUGGAAGGUAUACUACCAACCUGCAACUUAUAAUAUUGUUUCAAGUCAACACUGCUGCAGAAUAAAUCUUUCAGUUGCACUAUUCCUUCAUCCAUUUGUAGAAAACGGGUAUUGACGACCUCCGUGGCCGAGUGAUAUGUACGCCGGGUUUCAAUGUGCUCCAGUCAUGGAUGUUUAAUGUGUAUUUCUACAUUAAUAUCUAUCUAACUAUCCGUUACCGUAGUAUUCCAUAUCACAAGCCUACAGUGCUUACUUUAGUGUUAUGCUAAUUGGUGUUAGUGUUGAAAAUAUUUAUUUAUUU